AUGCUUGAAGAACAACAAGCUCUUAUGUUGGAGAUGCAGACUCACAUGACUACAGUAGCUGCACACGCACAACCUGCUACCGCUCCAACUCGACUGCCAUCUCCAUCUCCAACUGAUGAGGAAUCUUCCUCAUCUGUUACAGCUGCUUCUAGAACCUUAAUUGCUGAACUUCUAGGAUUUGACGGUUAUAUACCAUCUUUUGCAAGUACUGAAAAAGGUCAACAAGACGUUUUCAAAGGUCUAAAUUAUGCAUCUGGAGGAUCUGGAAUUCUUAAUGGAACUUCCAAAAACCACCUUGGAGAAGUGAUUAGCUUGGACCAGCAGUUACAGAAUCACGGGAAAAUUGUCUCAGAAUUUGUGAGAAUAAAAGGAGACAAUAAAUCAGCAAAAGAUCAUCUAGGACAAUGCAUAUAUACAAUUGGAACGGGCAGUAACGAUUACAUUAACAAUUACUUCUUGCCUGUCUUUUAUCGUACAAAGAACCAAUAUACAUCAGAGCGAUAUGCCACCGUUCUUAUUCAACAAUUUUCACAACCAUUAAAGGACUUAUACAACUAUGGAGCGAGGAAGAUAGCAAUAUUCGGAUUAGGUUUACUUGGUUGUACUCCAGCAAUUCUUGCAAUGGAUGGCACAGAUGAAAUCAUAUGCGUAGACUCCAUGAACUUGGCAGUCAAGCAAUUUAAUUAUAAACUCAUACGCCUAGUGGAUAAACUCAACAACAAUCUUCCGGGUGCUAAGUUUAGCCAUGUCAACGUCUCUGGGAUUUCUUCUACCCCUAUACCUGGAGUUACGGUGAUGAAGACUCCAUGCUGUGAAGUAGGAAAUUUGACAGUGAAUAACGAGGCGUUAACAUGCACUCAAUUUGGUAAUUCAUGUCCUGAUAGAGCUAAGUACACAUUUUGGGAUGGAGUGCAUCCAACCCAAAUUACCCAAGUCUUUAUCGGAAAAAGAGCAUACAAAGCUCAGUUUUCUCUUGAUACUUGCCCAUUUGAUAUUCAUCACCCGGCUCAACUUUAA